AUGGCCUCCGCCCGCGAUGAUGCCGCAUCGCCGCCGGCACCAGCAGCAGCAGCAGCUCCUCCUCCUCCUCCUCCUCCUCCACCAUCGUCCGAUGCCCAUCAAACACAAUCCCAGUCCUCUGCGACCAAGCCGCCGCCGCCGCCUGCUGGAGGGUUAAGUACGCGCUCCUCCUCCUGCGACGGACGCUCGCCAGCGUCGCCGCGCUCGUUCUCCCGGAGGCAGAGCACCAACGAGCGCAUCAACGAGAUAUUAGAGACAGCACGAGGCCGCGCACAAGCCAUGGGCGGCGGACUCUCAACUCCUCGCUCCGCACCCGUCAGCCCCCCGCGCCACUACUCCCGCGCGGACGGCUCCCACGAUGAGAAUGUGGGCAUCAUCUCCCGCGGUCCGGACCGCAACUACCAGAGCAUGAACUCCGCGCCGACGUCCACCGUUACCACCACGGCGACUGCCCCGGAGCUGGCCGACAUGCGGCCGCGCAAGUCGAUCCAGUCGACGAGGAAUCAUCUGUCGGCGCAGGCCGAGGAGGAGGAGGAUGAGGAGGACUACGAUGCCGCGGUUGCGCGGCAGGACCGGGAAAGAGAAGCGCAGACGAAAGAGCCGUGGUACACGAUCUUGCUGUCCGGCUUCCAGAGCAUUGAGCUGGAGAACAAGGGCAGCGUGGCCCGCGAUCACCUGGCGCUCGAACGAACCUUCCUCGCAUGGCUCCGCACAUCCCUGGCCUUCGCCUCAAUAGGCAUCGCCGUAACCCAGCUCUUCCGCCUAAACUCGUCCCUCUCGACCCCGGGCACCGACGACCCCAACAGCCACACCCUCCGCCAGCUUGGCAAGCCGCUCGGCGCGACGUUUCUGGGCAUCAGUAUCCUCAUCCUCUUCCUGGGGUACCAGCGUUACUUCCGCGCCCAGCAGUGGGUCAUGAAGGGCAAAUUCCCCGCGAGCCGCGGCACUAUCAUCAUUGUGUCUCUGGUGGCUUUUGCCCUGAUGGCCGUGAGCUUGGUCGUGGUUGUGGUUGUGAACCCAACGAGCAGGGAGCGGUGA